CACUUGUACACUUUCGAAAAAGACCUGUGUGUGAUCAGCUGCUCCGUCAAUCAUGAAAAGACCUUGUUGGCCAUCAGUUUUCUUCAGACAACACAGGAAGAGAGAAAACUCCUUUUUCAAACAGUUCCUAAAUGCCUGACCUUGCUAAUUGAAAUUCACCCGCUUAAUAAUGUGAAAGUUUUAAAGGCGGUGGAUAGCUGCAUCAGAGUCCAAAUGCCGAAAAAUUGGACAUCAGAACUGUCCGAGAAGGAGACAGAGUGACGAUUGAAAAUUCGAACUGGCUUUUGAAAGAAAGAAUUGUUGAUGAUCUCAUUUGGUCCCAGUGGGAUAUGGUGGAACAAAGACUAUUCUACAUUGUCACAAAGGAAGUUUAUGUUUGUGUUACUGUUUGGCUGAUACGAAUUCCAAAGAAGUGUCUUAUUCCGUGGCUUUUCUACAUAAAGGUUAUAGUAAAACAUAUAUCGUCACUUUGGAAGAGAGGAAUUCUCCGCAAAUAAAGGAGCUGGUUUUUUUGGAUCUUGGCUCUUACGUGGCUGUGUAUUUACCUGGACAAUUCCUGCAUCUUCUGGACACCCAACAUCCUUCCUUAAUCUGCCACAGUUUCUUUUUAUCAGGCGAAGAUGCAAAGAUUAACCCGCUAAACGCGGACACCGUCUUUUCCCCAGCCAAAUCGAGCAUCUUGGAUCGCCGCACCGGGAAAAUAUUUACCGUGGAAAUGAGCCCGGAGGCAUUGCUACAAUUUUUGUGGAAGAGCAAGUCGGAUAACGACCAGUUAGCAGCCUUGCACUGUCUCCUACUACACGUCGGAAGCACGGAGGAGUUGGAAGACCAGAUCAUCCAGUGGCUUUCCGAGAACGCAUCAAGUUGUUUUGCAUUUGAUCCUAUACAAGAAGUAAUCAUUGCUUCUUUACACUGGAAAUUGUGCCUGGAAUCCAGCCACCUGGAUAAGCUUUUACUGUACACGUCACUGCCGAACUGGAAGAAGGAUAUUCCUGGAAUUCUGUGUGAAAUGUACUUCAUCUCGUUACCCUCUUUAAAGGUAAGUCUGCAUAAUAAAAAUAUAGUAACAAUGUAGUUAUAUACCAUAAUAUGCAUAUACAUUAUGUGUAU